UAUUUGCAUAAGCAGUGAAGGAGAGGGAUGGAGAGAGCGAGACACGGAGAGGAGGGGUGUAUUCACCCCAGACACUCCCACAGUCUAUAAAGCCCAACCAUGCUGAAUCGCUCAGACUGAAACCACACGUGGAGCUCGGCUCAGAGGGAGAGAGCUUACUGCUGAGGCAAUGAGAGGCACACUGAAGCACCAAGCCUUGAAGAAACAGAGGUUGUGAAUCCAAGAUCUCAGACAGACAAAGUCAAGCCAAGUGAACGUGAGGAAAGGCGACCCUACAAAGACUAGGAGAUAUAGUUAUCAUCUCUGGACAAGCUUAUAAAAGGAGCAGAGAAGAACCUUCUCGUGUUGCUACGCAGGACUUUAAUGCCAAAGUGAUGCCACAGUGGAGCACAACCCAUGCUCAAGAGGACUAGGAUGUGUGGCAAGUAAGUCACAACCCUGCAUGCCUUGCAGUUCCUUAUACUGUGUGAUCCAUGAAUGCGUGACUGUGGAACUCUAAGCCAAAGACAGUUCUAGAAGUUUCUUCGCCUGGUAAAAGAUGUCAUUCGCGAUGGUACGCCCGGCCCCAAGCCGCUACCUCUACUCCGAGAUCUCCAUGAUGUCCGAGGACGAUGAGAACGGCAGUGAGAGCUCGGGCUCUGACGACCGCUCCUUCCGCCUGGACACCUCCAGUUACGAGCUCAAAGUGGGCAGCAGGAAGCGGAAGCCAGGCAGCGGAGGGGGUGGAGGAGGGCGGCUCGGGAUAGUGCCAUCGGGCACGGGAAGUGGUCCUAUGAUGGGCGAAGGUCGGCAGCGUAACGCAGCCAACGCGAGGGAGCGGGACCGCACCAACAGCGUCAACACGGCCUUCACCGCCCUCAGGACUCUGAUCCCGACCGAGCCGGCAGACAGAAAGCUGUCAAAGAUUGAGACUCUCCGCCUCGCCUCCAGCUACAUCUCGCACCUGGGCAACGUGCUGCUGGUAGGCGAGGGCUGCGGGGAUGGGCAACCGUGCCACAGCAGCGGACCCUCUGCCUCCUAUUACCACCACCAUGGGUCACCUGGAAGAGACGCUGAGAACUCGCAGCCCAAACAGAUCUGCACUUUCUGCCUAAGCAACCAGAGGAAAAUGAGCAAAGACAGAGAGAGGAAAACAGCCCUGAGAAGUUAAUAUGAAGAGGAUGAAGCUCUUGGGACUUGCUGAGCUUUGGAAGCACCACACAGACUGUUGACAAACUUUAAAUAAAUAUGAUGUAUAUAAGCAAAACUGCAAUUCAUAUUUAAUUCUAUGUAAAUCACACAUGGACACUCUCUUUGGGCUGGAAGAUGACGAGGACCAGACCUCUCGGACAGCAGCGCCUUUUUUAAUCAAAAGGGCUGAACACCUAAAAUUACCUGCACAUCUGCCACACCUUUAGCCGCAGCUUUCUUGGUUCGACACCUCGCUAGGAGUGUCAGCUUCUCCCUUUUUACCAGACAGCUGACGUACAGAUAAUUGCCAAGGGCUGCACUGCAAAUAGCAAAACUCAAGACGGCCACGCACACCGUCCAGCAGGACCAUUCACCACGAAACUGAAGCAUAUAAAAGCAGCAACAGCAGGAAUAGCCACAUGAAGACUGCUCAGAGUGCAAGAGUCAUAACCCUGCCCCAAGGAACCCAAACUAAGACCUGGGAACAGGCACGAGGACCCCAAAAGAGACACUCAAGAUAUGAGUUAAAACGAGUCAAAUUGGGACAAAUGUACUCCUGCAAAUUUGGUCAAACAGUGCAUUUAGCUAAGAAAUAAAAAGUAAGCAAUAAAUUAAAUUCUAGACAAUAUAAUGUAUAAUAAACAUGGAAAAUUCAUGUACUCAUUGAUGAUUAAAUUAAAGUCAAAUUAUGCCAAGA